GUGAAUUUGUGGGCUGGAUAGUAUGGAUUCAUCCAGGGCCGAGUUUAACGACCGUCCAGCACCUGGCCGCACGUCCGCAGCUCACAGUCAUAGCCCUGGGUCAAACCGGUUCCGGUACCACGUGUUCUUCCCUCUCUGACAGAGACGCAGGACGUGCCCACACUGUCUCCGCGAGCUGACACAGCGUAUAUCAUACAAGACUGUUUAAUCUGUAUCAAUUAAGCGAUUUGUCUUGUAAUUUGCUAAUGAACUGAACCGCCUGGUUCUACAGGUUCAGAGACUCCUAGCGACCAGACGGCGAGCAGCGGCUGCCGGUAAACUCCCAUCCACUGAUUUCACAGCCUGUCAGCCAGGCCCAGAUUGUGAACUGUGGAAGGAGGUGUAAACUCUGAGGAGUUUCGGGUUUGUCUCCCCAUGACAACGUGUCACCGUAGUGACUGUGGCUCCCACAGUAAUGCGGAGCGGUGCCCCUCUGAAGAUGAGGACGCAGAUCUCUCCGAUAUUGGGCCACUGCUGACAAAUACAGCUGAAGCUGAGAAAUCGAGAGGAGCAUCAGCAUUACCUGAUGAGGAAGAGGAUGAGGAUGAAGGAGGUUUGCGGGUGGCUACACUGCCCAUGCAGGCACACCAUGCCAUGGAGAAGAUGGAGGAGUUUGUACACAAGGUAUGGGAAGGAUGCUGGCGAGUUAUUCCGUACCAUCUUCUCCCCGACUGGCUAAAGGACAAUGAUUACCUGCUGCAUGGACACCGCCCGCCCAUGCCGUCCUUCCGUGCCUGUUUUGGGAGCAUCUUCAGGAUUCACACAGAAACUGGAAACAUCUGGACGCAUCUGCUGGGCUUAAUUCUGUUCCUGUUCUUGGGUACUCUGACAAUGCUGCGGCCAAACGUGUCCUUCAUGGCACCCGUGCAGGAGAAGGUGGUGUUUGGGGCGUUCUUCCUGGGUGCAGUUCUUUGUUUGUGCUUCUCCUGGCUUUUUCACACUGUCUACUGCCACUCGGAGAAGGUCUCCAGGACUUUCUCCAAGUUGGAUUACUCUGGUAUCACGUUUUUGAUCAUGGGCUCAUUCGUUCCUUGGCUGUACUACUCGUUUUACUGCUCUCCUCGGCCGCGGCUCAUCUAUCUCUUUGUUGUGUGUGUGCUGGGUGUCGCUGCUAUCAUUGUGGCCCAGUUGGACCGAUUCGCCACCCCUCGCCACCGGUCCACACGUGCAGGUGUUUUCCUGGGCCUCGGUCUGAGUGGGAUCAUCCCCACAAUGCAUUUUACCAUCACAGAGGGUUUUGUGAAGGCAAUGACAGUGGGUCAGAUGGGCUGGUUCUAUCUGAUGGGUGCCAUGUACAUUAGCGGAGCAGCACUUUAUGCUGCACGGAUACCUGAACGCUACUUCCCUGGGAAAUGUGACAUUUGGUUUCAGUCUCAUCAGAUAUUCCAUGUGCUGGUUGUGGCAGCAGCGUUUGUCCAUUUCUAUGGCAUCUCAAACCUGCAGGAGUUCCGCUAUGGCCUGGAAGGAGGCUGCACAGAUGAUACUCUGCUGUAAAUAAAAAUAAAUCACUCAAACUUUGGCCAGUGCCUGCUCACUUCACAAUGAACCUGGACCCGACACAAUGCUAAUUUAAUCAUUGUAUUAUCUCUUGAAGGAUUUUAACAUUUAUUUUAGUAAGAUGUUUAUUAGUUAAGAUACUUCAUAAAUGUGGUAGGCUUGUGUUAAUAUUGUUCUUCAGCUUUUCAGUGCAGCACAGAAUUUAUUGUAAAUCACUAGAAUAAACCAUAAAGCAUUACAGAGGUCUGGAGAGGCACUACCUCCUCCAACACUUUCAUCUUUCAUCCGCCCAGGGUUCUUAAAAUGUCUUAAAUAACGUAUUCCUAAUAAAAGGCCUUAAAAAGUUUAAAUAUGUCCUAAUUUCAAAUUUGAUGGGUCUUAAAUAUUUUUGGUCACAUUUACUGCUUAAAUAGCUUCAGUCUGAGGGACCUGAUGACUGUUUACAACCAUUUACACGCAGUUUAACAAAUAGGCCUUUAUAAAGGUAAAUAAAAACAUGCAGAUUUAAGUAUUUAAAGCUGUUAGAACACUAAUGAAAAUAUUGCUUCAGAAUCAUUGUGCACCACCAAAAAUCUCAGUGAUGUGGUAGUUUCGUGGGAUAUUUUGUGUGGAAUAUUGUCUGCUGAUAUGAAAAGUUCACUGUAUAUCGUAGAAAUAAAUAAAUAUAAAUAAAUGUAUCGUAGAGCGAUGAUUUUUUUUCUUUUUACAUUUAAAACAUUAAAUAUUACAUAUAUGUAUGUAAAAUAAUGUGUAUUUCCAUUACAGGUGUAGGUCUUAAAUUUCAUAUAAGGUGGUAUUAAAAAGGUCUUUAAAAGUCUUACAUUUCACUUGUUCUGUAGAAACCCUGUCUGACUGAUCUGUUGGUUUAUGCUUCUGUAUUUUGUAAGAAUUUUAGGGAAAACACAUGAACAUGCUUAGGUCUCAGUUUUCUCAAACAUGUUUGUAUGAUCAAACCUUAAUUUGUGACCUGAAAUGCUUAACCUAGAGCUUCAGCAGUGUGUUUCACGUUGGGACACAAUUUGAUCUUUUGUUUGAGAAAAUCGGGGUUUGGGAAGUCAAGAUAUUUGAAAAGAGCAAAAUAAAGAUGAAACAUCAAGAA